GUGUUGGGGGAGGGCAGGCUGGGGAGCUGCGGAGGGGGAAUCGGGACGUAUUUGGGUAGAGUGGGGGAAACGGAGCCUCUAAGGGAACUACAGUGGGGUAGCAGGGAUUGCCUAGAACAUCCCAGAGGGGAAUCGAGGGGGGUCCCAGGGCUGGAGAGGGGAGCGUGUUUUCUUGGGAUAUCCGGGGGACAUGGUGAACGAAAUUUGACAUCUAGAGUUCUUAAGGGACAGUUGGGGCGCUCUAGAGAAAUAUAUAGUGUUGGGAGGUAUCCAGGACUAUCGUAGUCAAGUGGCUAUCUCCAGGGAUCGUAGGGGCAAGGAGGAAGUCCAUGCUUAUACUGGCGAUGGUCUCUUUACUCUGAGUAGGCGACUUCUAGAACUUUGGAGAGAGUAGCCAGGAGUCACCGGGUUUCUUGAGAUGCAUUUUUUAGGUCUCGGAACGUCAGAAUCGUGGGUGUUUGCCGAGGCUCAAGAUCCGUGCUGUGAUCAGUCUCCCUUCUCCCGUGCAGGUCGCGGUUUUCCCCCGUCUGCUGGCCUCAGGUCCAGGCAAUUCCUGGCGAGGAUGGACGCGCGUCCCCUGGCGGCCAGAGCUGCGGCGGACGUGUCAGCUUUGGUACGAAGAGCAGGGACCACAUUGCGCUUGCGCCCCAAAGAGGCGGUUAAUUUUCUGGAUUCUGCGGAUAUAGAAGUCACAGAUAGUCGCCUGCCUCAUACCACUCUUGUGGAACAUCAGUGCCAGCCUCGUCGGUCAGAUACCCUGGGUAAAUGUACGGCGCCACUUCCAGUGACCCAGGAUAAAGCAAAUUCUGCUUCGAAGCCACCCCAAACUUCUGGUCGGUUCUCUGUGGAGCUUGUCCGGGGUCCUGCAGGCUUUGGACUCACCUUAAGUGGAGGCAAGGGUGUGCCAGAGGAUGCUCCACUGGCUGUGCGUGGGCUGCUGAAGGAUGGACCUGCCCAGCGCUUUGGUUUGCAGGCUGGGGACCUCGUACUUCGUAUCAAUGGAGAGUCAACUGAGGGUCUCACGCAUGCCCAGGUCCUGGAGCAGAUCAGAGCUGGUGGCCCCCGGCUCCAUCUCCUCCUCCACAGGCCUCAAGAGACCCAAUGCCCCCCCAAACUUGAAGGGAUCAGAAGAUCCCAGAAGGGAGAUCGUAGUCCAGAUCCCAGGAGUCCGGGGACCAGGAGAUCUCGAAGCGCCAGCAUUUCCCCAGUUCACCAUUCUCGAUCCAGCACGACACCCAAGAUCCGAGGAAGCCCUGAGCCUAGGCCCGAGGUGGUGGCUGACAGCCCUGAAAUUCCCACUCUGGAGUCCCGCAUAGAGGACCUGGACGGCCGUAUCCCUAGUUCCCCAGGGCCCUGGCUGGUGCCCAGCGAAGAGAGGCUCUUCCGGGCCCUAGGGAUCCCGAGGACCGCGCAGCUAGAUCAAGAGAUGGCUGCCGGAAGACGAAGGCACUGAGCUAACACCAGACAGUUCUGAGCUCAAUUGCUAUGGUCCAGCCUGGAUUAGGUGUACCCCACAGGCAUGCACUAGCAUCUUCCUUCAGGCUUCCUCCUGGCGUGGUCCCCUGUCCCUUUGGGGCCUACACACCCCUCGCAGCGUCAGUGGUA